AUGAGUGUGAUUGAAAUAGGGAAGAAUUCAUCACCAUUUAUCCUAAUGCAAGGAACACUUGAAAAAUUAAAAGAACGAGAAUUUCCAUGGAUUUUUUCUGGCAAAAAAUUUUUUACAACAUGGGUGCUUCGUUACUACGUGCUCAAACAUGCAGACGUUCCUGAUCAAGAAGCAUUUCUAUUGGAACAACAUGAAGAUUGCACUCCUUUCUCAAAAGUUCGUAAAACUUUGGAUUUACGAUAUGUCCUACAGAUUGAUACCAAUAUUUCUUUGAAAGUUGGUAACCAGAAUUGGGUUCUCGCAAUUCAUUACAAAGCAAAACAUAGUGAAAGGCUGGAAGUUCUGUACUUGGCUGCCCACAGCGAAACAGAGAUGAACAUGUGGAUCAUGAAAUUAGGCUAUGCUUGCAAACUCCGAAAACAAGAUGGUGACGACCAUCAGUUGGUCGCAGGCUGUGUGAAUAAUCGCUGCUUCACUGAUAGUUCUAAGGUAGAAACGCCCACUGUGUCAAAUAUUAUCACUAAUAAUACCAAUUGCACAGGCUCUGUGACCACUCAUACUUAUAUUCGUUUAAAAGAUUGCUCCUCAACACGAUCAUUAGGAAGUAGCUCAGCAUCUUUGAACUCAAGCAUCGCGAGUUCAUCUACCUUAUCUGAAAAUCUUCCAUUUAAGAAUUCAUUUCUGAUUCCUCCUCCCAUACCACCCAAGCCAAGCCAUAGUUUGCGUACACAGAAAGGCGAAAAACAAAUUUUUGAAUCAGGUAGAUGUGCUUUGGACCAACCACUCAUUCCUGCAGAUGUUCAUGAGAUUCUUACUGUGAAAGAGGAAGAGUGGAGCAAUGAAACAGUCCAUCCGGGUGUAGUUGGCUCGAUCGAUGCAGAAAGGACUUUUUUAUCAUCUGAUUCCUCAUUAAUGCCUACCGUUUCUAAUUCGAGUGCUCCUAAGCCACAUCCACGUCGCCGUAACUUUCAUAACAUUCCUCCCGAGGUAAACCGGUCUUGUAAGCCGACUGGAAUCAAAUGUAUUGCUAUAAAUACUGGUCGGGAAAAAUCCAGUGCCGAUGAUUGGAAAAAAGAGGUACCCAUGACGUCAUCACGAUUUUUAUCAACUAUUCCUUUGCAUCAACAGUCUGUGCAUGCUGCAGCACUGCAGAAUAGACAAAUCCUAAUUAGUCAGGAAGCUUUGUACGGUACUGAAUCAAUGAGAAUGACCAAUGGCAUGCUGGAUUAUCUUGAUCCUGUGAAGGAGCCGUUAGUACAAGCACAACCUUUUAUUAAAUCUUCGCAACGACCGAAAAUUUCGUGUGCUAUUGAGUAUACACAAAUUGAUGAAGAAAGCACAAAGGCAGUUUUGAAAGCCAAUGUACGACAAGACGAGAUGCGACGUAAUGGCUUUUCAGUUUGA